GAACACACUUAACUUAAGCAGCCUAUUCCCAGUUUUGUGCCUCCCAUUAGUUCUGCAACUAGCAGUUGUUAUUAAUCAUUAAUCAACCUGUUGAUAGUUCAAAUGAAUUAAUUUAGGAUUGGGCGAAAUGACACACCAUAAGAUGAUAGUUUUGUAAACCAUCAGAGAAUUUGCCAUACUGUUUAAAUUGACUAAAGUCUGUAAAAUGUCGAUCACAAACCCUCCCUCCCUCCUCCUCCUCUUCCUCCUCUGUCCUGUAGGAGCGGCCCGGUACGGCGGCCCGGCGCUGACCAGUCUGGAGCUGAUGGGUUACCCAGAAACCAUCCUGCUAGUGAACGAACUGAGGAGCCUGACCUCGCUGAGGUCGCUGACGGUCCGCUACAGAGAGGGCAUCGAGUGCCGCCUCACGUCCUGGCUGAGCCCCCUCCAACAGCUGGAGUCACUCACCAUCAUCGGCGGUAACUCUCUCGCUGCCUAUACGACCACCAUCCCGUCCAGUGUGACCAGGCUGACGCUGCGUGUGGCCAUAACCCUGAAAGACGUGGACUCCAUCGCUCCUAAUGUCCCGGGACUGGAGCACCUGGACAUCGAGCAGAACCGCACCAGCGGCAGCCUCUGCAGACGCAUCCCCAUGCUGUUUCCUCAGCUCAGGACGCUCCGGAUACGGUUUUUCCAUAAAGAACCAGAGACAGACCUGCUGAGCCUCCACCGGCUGCGACACCUGGUGCAGCUGGAGCUGCUGGUGGAGCGCUCCUUCAUCCGGAGAGAUUACCUGAACCCGCGGCCCAGCCCCUGCGUCCAGGGGCUCAUCAACCAGCUCCGGAGAGAUUACCUGAACCCGUGGCCCAGCCCCUGCGUCCAGGGGCUCAUCAACCAGCUCCGAGAGCUGUCCGAGAACAGGAUCGCCGUCAUCACGACGAUGCGCCAGAGAAACCCGCUGCGAGAGUGUGACUGUGUGUGGGAGGGGAGACUGAGGAGGGGGAGGUAG